GUUCAGUUCUACGGAGUUUUGGCCGCGGCAAACAGUGCGACGGUUUCUCAUGUGCUGCAUCAUAUAAUAGAACAAAGAAACGGAGACAUAAUUAGUUUGAUACUGAUCAACAAAAAAUAAAAAUAAUGAUAUAAGAAAUAAAUGAAGGUUAUAAACAAAGGAAAGAGGAAGUGCAGAUUACAAGUUAAAUUAUUAGUGAAAGACCACUCUCUUCUUCGAAAAGAUAAUGCUAAGCAUUUUGUCGGACUGAUUUUUGAAUAUUAUUAUAUAUAUCAAGUCACAAUUUUAAAUUACGGAAUAAAGGUGGACGAGGAUGUUCAGUUCGUUGAGACUAGCGACAAUGCGUUCGCACAAGAGCCGAAUUAGACCAGGAAGCGUCGCCACGUCUGCGAGUUCCGAUUCCACGAGAACCGAAGAGACGCUCACGCAAACCCAGUAUCAUCCUCACAGCUUUCUACUGCUAGAUGAUCAAGAGACAAGCCUCACUGGAGCAUUAUCAUCGCUUUCCAGCGUCUCAUCGAAAGUCGCGCAAGUGAGGUUGGAACGCGAGGACGGUAGUCUCGGUGUAACUCUUCGUGGAGGAAUGUCAAGGGCUUUGGUGGUAACGGGAGUGAAGGCAGACGGUCCAGCCGCCAAGGAAGGUAGAGUGAGACCUGGUGACCGGCUGCUGGCAGUGGAUGAUACCGAAUUACGGGGAUUGACUCUGGCGGAGGCGCAACGAGCACUUAGAAGAAACUCGGAUACACCGAUCGCGUCUCUUACUAUCGAGUAUGAUGUCGCGAAUCUGGAAGAGGCACGAGCAGCGACAUCGGGCCCGUUGCUCGUUCAAUUGGAACGUGGUCUCUCAGUGGGAAUUAGGGGAGGACGGCGCGAAUGUUCACCGCUGUGUCAUUUGUUUGUUAGACGUGCUCGAAGUGAGGUCAGCGCAUCACUGUGUGCACUGUACAUCACUAUGGAGAUCGGAAAAGAAGAACAGCGAGGAGAACUUGGUUUAACGGUAAGAGAGACAUCAAAUGGAGUCUACAUCGAUAGUCUUCGUCCAGCGAGCACAGCGGAUCGUUGCGGCGCAUUACAGGCAGGGGAUCGGCUGUUAGCUGUGGACGACAUGCCCGUUCAGGAUGCAGUGACCGCCGCUAAACUACUCAGAAACAAUUCCGAGAGCUGUCGUAUCGCCAAAUUGCAGAUAUUACCACGUUCACCGAGUACAAGGACAGUUAAAAGGAAGGCACAGCCACAGGCCCAGCCAAACUCAAAUCAAACUCUGCAGAUGAAAGAGAGCCUGACAGUCGUUCUCCGGCCAGAUCAUCGAGGUUUUGGACUUGGGCUUAAAUUAGCCGAAGAUCGCGUGAAUUACGUGGUCAGCUUGCUGGAAGCGGGCGGUCCGGCAGAACGAAGUGGCAUCCUUUUGCCUGGUGAUAAGGCCGUCGCGAUCAACCGGAAAAUGUUACGCGAUUUGCAACCGUCCGAAGUAGUCAACAUACUGGAGACAUCGCAAAUGAUCGAGUUGGUGAUAGAAUAUAAAGUGGGUGGAUCGGUGGUGCCGAAUUCCGGAAUCUUCACGGUGAGAGUGGCCAGGCCAUUGGGUGGACAGCCUGAUCUGGGUCUGACGGUAAAUGAGGAUCUAGUAAUCACAGAAGUUCGCCGAGGAUCGCUCGCUUAUCGAACUGGCAGUUUAGCAUCGGGAGAUAGGCUACUUGCAAUAGAUGGACAAAAACUGGAUCCCGGAGACUUAAGACAAGCUGCUCAAUUGUUACAUCGACCCGGUGGCUCGGUAGUUGCUUUAACUAUUAGAAAGCCAGAUCUUAAUACGGAAAUAAGAGAUUAUUGCAGAGACCCCAGCGUAGGAAGUGAUACGGUUCAGGCACAAUUUUCAAACAGUGCAUUACGCUCAGGUAGAGAAAGUCUUCCCAGCGUGGACAGCGCGGUGGACUCCUGGGGCGAACUGGGAGACAACAGUGGUACCAUGCCUGAAAUAUUGAGACUUUGGGACACUGCCUCUACGGACAGCGGACAAUUAGAUUUAUUAAUACCAUCUUAUCCGGGGGCGCAGGAACGCGGCGACAGUGCCAAUAAUAGGUCCCACCAAAUAGUGCACGUGUUGCUUCAUAAGGAUCCAGUUUAUGAAGACUUUGGUUUCUCUGUGUCAGACGGUCUUUACGAACGAGGCGUUUACAUAAACCGUUUGCGUCCCGGCGGACCGUGCGACGGUAUUCUGCAACCGUAUGACAGGAUCCUUCGAGUGAAUGAGACCAGCACGGAAGAAUGCGAUUGUUGUUUAGCUGUUCCGCUCAUCGCAGCGGCCGGACCACGUUUAGAUCUAACAGUGGCGAGAUCCAUAUCUCCACAAAACAGCGUGAAAGCUUUGUAGCUCGAAACGAUAUCUGCGAUCGAAUUAUUGAUAUCAUCUCGACCUGAUUGAUUUUAUCACAGUUAAUGUAAUCUUUUUUUUAAUAUUUUAUAAUUUAUUUCUUAACUAACUCUUAUAAUCGGAUAAGACCCUACAAUUAAAGUUUAGCUAUAAGAUAGCUAAUUUUGAUUGAUCUACUCAUUUCCGACGGAAGAAGAUAGACAUGAUAAGAAAAAGAUAAAAAAGAAUGAGAAUAAGAAACAUCUUGUUAGUAGUAUAUCCAACUCUUUCACACGAUUUUGCCCAUAUUCACCUUAUAGCCAGACUCUGAUUGUUUCUAAAUCAGGGUUGAUCAAAAAA